ACUAUAUACGGUAACUGAGACCUCUACUCGGCUUAAAAGUUUCAGUAUGCUUAGUCAGUAUACUCGUACUCUAGGCGUACACGAUUGAGCAGUAUAUAAACACCUUGCACAAGUAAUAAAACAUUUUUAUUCUGCGACACUAGAAAAUGUUCUUUCAGUGCGCCAUUUUGCUGGUGUUAACAGGGAAUGCGUUGGCGCAGACGUGCGACGAACUGCGUGAGCGCUGUGAUGCUUUGCCCAACGCUAACUGGACGUUUAUUGAUGACGAAGCACUUCGUAAUUUACCAUGGCCGGCGACCAAGGAAGAAUACACUCCUUUCCGAGCGCUGGCCGAUGAAUACUGCCGCAAGACAAAUGCAUCGGCACUCUGCAAGAAGGACCUGAUAACCCGUUGCCCCGAUGAUCCACAGGUAAAGGGUCGGUGGUACCAGUCCUUCUGUCCAUCCUCGAUAGAGUGGUCACUAUCCUGGGUGGCAUUGUGCCAGUCCGACGUUAACCCGCUUUGGUAUUACCGUGCUCACCGAUACUGCGACAUACGAUCCCAUUCUGUGGAUUUCAAGCUGCACAAAGAGUUGGAACAGUGGCCUUACCAGAGCAACGUCACCAUUAAUAAUGCUAAAAGUCUGAUCUGUCAGCACUUGGACGAUUGUGUGAACCGACUGGAUGGUCCGCUAUACGAAUGGCUGUCCGUGGACUGCGGAUCGGAUGCGGUGGUAGACACUAUGCGCGAUGGGUGUCGGGCGCGGCACACUGCAUUCUGUUCAACUUGAAAAAUAUAACCGUUGGUGAUGCCGUGUGCUUUAAAAACUGGAGAAAUUUUCGACAUUAAUGGGUACCGUAAAUCGAUGUCAGCACUCAAAACCGUAACGAAAUUUGGAGAAUAAAAGCGGAAAAUAAGAAAAACGCUUCGCGG